UCCUACUAUAGUUAAGUACAGACUCAGUGCAUGUAGCCAGCAGCACAUCUCAGACAUGUGACUAGGAAGGGGCCCCAGUAAAUACCUAUGUUCCUGAGUUACACUGUCUAUUAUCCUUCAGGGGGAGGCGUGGGUCCUCUGAUAUUUAAAGUGCCAAGCUCUCAUUCAGUCAAGAACAGCGGAGACUUUGCUCAGAACAGAAGGCAACUGAAAACUUGAAGUCAUGGCAGAGAAACCCAGACUCUACUACUUUAAUGGAAGAGGUCGGAUGGAAUCCAUUCGAUGGCUCCUAGCAGCUGCUGGAGUUGAGUUUGAAGAAGUAUUUUUGGAAACAAGAGAACAAUAUUUGAAGUUGCUGGAGGAUGGACAUCUGCUCUUUCAUCAAGUGCCUUUGGUUGAAAUGGAUGGAAUGAAACUCACCCAGACCCGAGCCAUUCUUAGCUACCUGGCUGCUAAAUACAACCUGUAUGGGAAGGACCUGAAAGAAACAGCACUGAUUAACAUGUAUGUGGAUGGCACCUUGGACCUGAUGAUGUCAAUUGCACUGAUUUCUUUCAAACCAUCUGACCAAAGGCAGGAGGCAGAACUUGUGGUGGAGAAAGCCAAAAGCCGAUACUUCCCUGUCUUUGAAAAGAUUUUGAAAAACCACGGACAGGACUUUCUGGUUGGCAACAAAUUCAGCUGGGCAGAUAUACAACUACUGGAAGCCAUUUUAAUGGUAGAAGAAUUAAAUGCUACUGCACUCUCCAAAUUCCCUCUUCUACAGGCAUUUAAAACAAGAAUCAGCAACAUUCCUACAAUUAAGAAAUUCCUUCAACCUGGUAGCCAGAGGAAAUUCCCACCAGAUGACCAUUACGUGGCUACUGUGAAGAUGAUUCUCCAGAUUUAAUGACCAAGAGUGGGCUAAAGUUGGCAAAGGAAAGAGAUUCAGCUCAUGAGUUAGAGGCUAUGGGUUCAAAUCCUGCUUCUGACACAAUCUGUCCCUGGCCCUCAUUUUCCUCAUCUGUAAAAUGAGGGAUUGAACCUGUUGAUCUCUUUAAGUUCUAUAUCAAUGAUCCUAUGAAGUAGAGAGUAUAAAGAUUUUAGCAAUAUUGUUAUCAAUAGCACAAGAUAAACAUCAUAGUAAAUAAUUGGAGCAUCUCACUAGGUAUUAAAAAUAAAAUGUUAAAUGAAUACAAAGCUAAUGAUUCUGCUAAAGACAAGAGUUGAAAUCAAAUGCAAAGUUGAUUAAAUUUAAAACUAUCUUUGUGUGUAUGAUCCAUUAAAAAUGUAUAACUAU